GCGGGGGCCGUUGGCUCCAGACAAAUAAACAUGGAGUCCAUCUUCCACGAGAAACAAGAAGGCUCACUUUGUGCUCAACAUUGCUUGAAUAAUCUAUUGCAAGGAGAAUAUUUUAGCCCCGUGGAAUUAUCUUCUAUUGCACAUCAGCUAGAUGAAGAGGAGAGGAUGAGAAUGGCAGAAGGAGGAGUUACUAGUGAAGACUAUCGCACGUUUUUACAGCAGCCUUCUGGGAAUAUGGAUGAUAGUGGUUUUUUCUCUAUUCAAGUUAUAAGCAAUGCCUUGAAAGUUUGGGGUUUAGAACUAAUCCUGUUCAAUAGUCCAGAGUAUCAGAGGCUGAGGAUCGAUCCCAUAAAUGAAAGAUCGUUUAUAUGCAAUUAUAAGGAACACUGGUUUACAGUUAGAAAAUUAGGAAAACAGUGGUUCAACUUGAAUUCUCUCUUGACGGGUCCAGAAUUAAUAUCAGACACAUACCUUGCACUUUUCUUGGCUCAAUUACAACAGGAAGGUUAUUCUAUAUUUGUUGUUAAGGGUGAUCUGCCAGAUUGUGAAGCUGACCAACUCCUGCAGAUGAUCAGGGUCCAACAAAUGCAUCGACCAAAACUUAUUGGAGAAGAAUUAGCACAACUAAAAGAACAGAGAGUCCAGAAAACAGAUCUGGAACAAGCUGUGGAAAUAAAUGAUGGGUCAGGAGUGUUAGAUGAAGAUGAGGAGGAUUUGCAGCGGGCUCUGGCUCUAAGUCGCCAACAGAUCGACAUGGAAGAUGAAGAAGCAGAUCUCCGUAGGGCUAUUCAGCUCAGUAUGCAAGGUAGUUCUAGAAAUACAUCUCAAGAUAUUCCACAGACAUCAAGUACACAACUUACUUCAGAAGAGCUACGGAAAAGAAGAGAAGCCUACUUUGAAAAGCAGCAGCAGCAGCAGCAGGACCCACCAGGACAGCUUUCGCACCCAUGUGAAACGCCGACUACAAGUCCAGAAGCACUUGGCAGUGAUCUAGGUGGCAUGAGUGAAGAAGACAUGCUUCAGGCAGCUGUGACCAUGUCUUUAGAAACUGUUAGAAAUAAUUUCAUAACAGAAGAAAAAAAAUAAUACCUUUUACAAAUCUCUAAAAUAUUCAUACUUUCCAACAUUGUCCUGUGUGAUUAAAGCAUAGGGUCCAUUUUGGUAAUGUGUCAAAGAGAACAAUGUUCAACAGAGGAAAUAAGACUUUUAGGUGGUUUGCAAAUAAAAAGCUGAGAAAGAAAAAAAUGCAUCAAUGGUAGGACUAAAGAAUGAUCCUUCAAAUACUAGCCAAAGAGGCUUCUAGCAGUUAAAGAAAUUUAGAAUAGUUUUCUCGAUGUUCCUUUUUAAUUUUUGUGUGCAAUAUCUAACAUGUCUAAACUAGGGCAUUUUUCUUGAAUCUUUUUGCAGACCAACUAAAAAGCUCUUGCCACAGAACUUUUUCCAUAUAUUUUUGUUUUCUUCCCUUUGGUGUAUAUAAUUUGGCUCACUUUCAUCACCUAAUAGUUGCUUCUAUGUCUCAUUAACUAAAUCUUUUAGGACAGUAUCUCUUUUCUAUGUUGAUAAUAGUAAUGGUUCCAGAAGGAUAAGUGUUCUCCCUCCACCUGUGUAUUGUGCACUUGGGUAUUUUCUCAUGUUAUUGUCUCAGAUCACAAUUUAUCUGCUACAUGGCUUUUAUUAUUUUUCUACAACUCUUAAAAGAUGGUAAUCUUUCUUGGGAUUUUUCUUUUUAAGCCCUCCAAGAUGGGAUCAUUAUUUCAUGAUUCUGGUGCAUUCCUAAACUCUGAAGUCAGCUUGCACAAGUACUGAAGAAUAAAUGAGCAUUUCUAAAAUGUGUGAGCACAUCCUUUCCCAGAUGCUUCAUUGAUGUCUUCUUAGUUGUGUCAGAACUUUGCAGCUUUGUUGUAACCCUCUAUCCAGCACCUUUUUAUUUCCUCUUUUCAAGUUGAGAAAAACAGAAGCAAAGUAUGCAAGCAAGUUUCCUUCUGUUGUAAGACAAUAUCUAAUACCCACCAUGAAUGUAUGAUAGACAAAAUUUGGCCUUC